AUGGGGAGACGAGACAGACGACAGUUGUGGAGCCACAGCUUCCUCAUGCUGGGGCUUCAAACUGUCGGGAAAGAACACCACGAACCUCAAAAGACACCUUUUCGUUGACUAAAACUAGACUAAAACCUUUUGAGUUUUCGUCGGACUAAAACUAGAUGAAAACUAUCAAGGAUAGAAAUGACUAAAAUGGGACUAAAACAAAGAAGCAUUUCGUCAAAAUGACUAAGACUAAAACUAAAUCUAAAAUGCCUUCCAAAAACAACACUGCUUUACAGAAAAGAUUAAUGUAUUUCUUCUAUGUUCUUUUCCACUUUCAGGCCAGAGACCGUUCAAGUGCAGUUACUGCCCCUACAGUGCCUCCCAGAAAGGGAACCUGAAGACUCAUGUGCUGUGUGUGCACCGCAUGCCCUUCGACAACACCCAGUAUCCUGACCGACGCUUCAAACGCUCCCGCUACGAGUCGGACAUCCAGGAGAAGAACCCUGAAGACGGUGUUUUCUCUAAUCCAGCCACCACAGCAGAUGGAAGCCACGGCUGUAACAGUACAGCGUUUACAGGAGAGGAAACACCUCAAAACCAGGACUGA